GCCCGACCAUGUGCGCUUCAAUCCAAUCGCAGCGGGUCCAGGGUCAGGGUGCGAUUGUGAGCGUACAACUUCCACGUAACCUUCAAAAAUCUAACCUUUUGCGCAGUCUCUCUUCUCCAACCCAACGCCACGGCUACCACACCAUUUAUUCUCGAGUCCACAACAGCCUUUCAUUCAUUUUUGGACUUUGCAACUCAGCCCUACUCGCCCACCCCUCAAACUACUCAGCUCUCAGAGCCCCAAAACCGUCAAGAUGGCCGGCCUCAGUCCCCAAAUAACGAACAUGGUGAUCAUCCUGGGUAUGGUCCAGGUUGCGAAGAAGAUACCUUUUGAGGACCCCAACGUUCUCAAUAUGGCCCGCGCCGGUUACAUCCUCAGCAACGUCAUCAUCCUGGCUAUUCACCUCUACAUCAUGUCGACCAUUAACAAGAAGAAGGACUUGACCACGCUCAAGUACGUCGAGCCGGCGCCGAUGGGUUCAUCCGAGGAGCCCAAGCUCGUCACCACCACCAUCCACGCAUACGACAUGGGCCAGCUCAAGACCGCUCUUCGCUCGCAGGCCAUGGGUGUCGGCAUGAUGGCUUUCAUGCACCUGUACAUGAAGUACACCAACCCGCUCCUGAUCCAGUCCAUCAUCCCGCUCAAGGGCGUCUUCGAGUCGAACCUUGCCAAGAUCCACCUCUUUGGCCAGCCCGCCGCCGGUGACCUGAAGCGACCCUUCAAGGCCGCCGCUGGUCUGAUGAGCGGCCUCCAGAGCGGCCCUGCCCAGAGCGACAAGAAAGCCGUCGAGGCGGCUGAGCGCGCCGGUCGCGGCGGCGCCAAGGAGGAGUAAAUUUUGCUCUUCCUUUGGUUAUAUCUUAUUUCCAAGGUGGCACGGCAUCACACCAUGGCCAGCGAUGGUGGUGGUGGUGAGCCUUGGAGCACCAGCUAGGGGGAAACAAGGUGGAUCAGGCGUUAUUUGUGCGCGGAUAGACUGCGAGGGUUUUUUUUUGUACAAAAAGUUCUUUUAUUGUGUUUCUUUCACCAUACGGGCACUUGGGAUGGACAGCCAGGGAUAUGGCUCCGGACUGUACAGGAACUCCCUCUUAAUGACUCCAGCAUUUGCAAGCCUACCAGCUCGCUCCCAUACGUUGAUUUGCGCUAGUUUAUCCUCAUAGCUCAAGUUCCUCAACCUCCAUGCCACAAUCCAUGCAUGUCUUUACUGACAUGCCCUCCUCGUUCUCCACAGCUCUACCCC